UUAUCGCAGAGGUCAACAGGUGUGGUGCUUUUGUGAUCAUGUUUGAUGAGACCCUGAACCAGACAACUAAAAGCAAGCAACUGGACCUGCAUGUGCGGUAUUGGUUGAAUGACCGUGUUCAGUCAAGGUUCUUUGGAUCUCAGUUUAUGGGACAUGCAACUGCACAAGGUCUACUUCAACAUUUCAAAGAGUGUGUGCAGCAGCUUGACCUGAGAGAAAUGUUAUCUGUCUCCAUGGAUGGACCCAGUGUAAACUGGAAGUGUUUUGAACUCUUGCAGCAAGAACAUUCAGAGGCCUUUGCAGGUGCCCAGCUGACUGUGGUCGGGAGCUGUGGUCUCCACACACUCCAUAAUGCCAUAAAAAGUGGCUUUAGUGUCUGGCAAAUGGAGAAAUUUCUCAGGGCAAUGCAUACAGUCUUCCAUAAUAGCCCUGCAAGAAGAGAGGACUUCUGCACUCUGAACAAGAUCUUUGUGUUUCCCCUGGCAUUUUGUGGGCAUCGUUGGAUAGAAAACCUACCAGUCAUCGAUAGGGCUAUUGCAGUAUGGCCAAUGAUCGUGAUGUAUGUGAAUGCAGUAACACAGAAAAAACUUCCAAAUCCAAGAUCAUCAUCCUAUGACUCCCUUGCAGAGGCACGGAAUGAUCCUUUUAUAAUGGCCAAGUUUCAUUUCUUCAUGGCUGUCUCCAGAACCUUCUCCACUUUUCUGACUAAAUAUCAGACAGAUGAGCCUGUGUUGCCAUUCAUUAGCAAAGACCUGGUCAUGCUCAUGAAGAGUUUGCUAAAAAGGUUCAUCAAGGAAGAAAUCCUUAAUGACAUCACUGCACUGCAGAUGGUCAGACUGGACACAACUAACAUGAAAGCAAGAAAACGACCAAAGAAUGUGGACAUUGGCUUAGGAGCAGAAGCAGUUAUAAAGGAACUCCAGAGUAGCAGCAGAGUAGGUGAGCUCAGUGUGUUGGAGUUUAGAAAGGACUGCAUGGACUGUUUGACUAACAUCAUCCAGAAAAUGCAAGAUAAGAGCCCACUGAAGUACACGGUUGUGAGGCAGGUGGCAUGUUUGGACCCAGCAAACAUGUUCUCAGACCCUAAUUUGUGCCAGGAAAGAAUGAAGCGACUUGUACAUAGGUUUCUGCAAGACCACCAGCUGCCAGGAGGCAUCUCUGCUGGUGAUGUAAUUGUCCAGCAGUUUGGAAACUUUUUGUCUCUGGAGGCAAAAUCUGAGUCAUUGUCUUUGUUCCAACCCAUGAAGACAAGGCUGGAUGUUUUCCUGCAUGGUCUCCUCUGUCAGUCUUACCCUGAGCUCUGGACUUUCUGCAAGAAACUACUGCUCCUCUCCCAUGGCCAAGCAACAGUGGAGAGGGGUUUUUCUGUGAACAAGGAGGUCCUCUGACGAAGGAGAUCCUGGCAGCUGCAGCUUCUGCAAGAUCUCAGUAUCGGCUACACCUGGAUCAGGAAAAGAGAAAGCAGGAGAGCAAUGCACAAAGAGAAAAGCUUCAGAGGACCU